AUGGACUCCAACGCACAGUCGGCGCUCACCUUCACACUCCCCCCCUGGGGCGAUGGCAUGCCGUGCAGGGAUCUCAUCAGGGAUGACGGCGUGCUGAACCUCACCGAGUAUGGGGGCCGCUGGAACGUCACCGCGGGAGCGCAUGGCCUGGAUGCCGGGACGUCCCACCUCUCAGUCGUGGACGACUCUGGAAUGGCCGUCAGCCUGACCACCACAAUAAACACCGGGUUUGGAUCAAAGAUCCUGUCCCCCUCCACGGGCAUCCUGCUGAACAACCAGAUGGCCGACUUCUCUACACCCGGGCAGCUCAACGUGUUUGGCUACCCCCCAUCUCCGAGCAACUUCAUCAGGCCAGGGAAGAAGCCCUUCAGUUCCAUGAGCCCCCUCAUCGUGGAGCAGGAUGGCAAGCUGCGCGUGUGCGUGGGGGGUAGCGGCGGUCCGCGCAUCAUCUCUGCGGUCCUGCAGACCGUGCUCAGGCUCAUAGCCUAUGGCGAACCCGCGUUUGAUGCGGUGGCCAAUCCGCGUCUCCACCACCAGCUGGUGCCCUCCAUUCUUUACGCUGAGAAUUGGAGUGUGGGCGGCAUCAGCUUCAAUUACAGCACACCCCUGCUGGAGGACCUGGCUGCGCAUGGCCACGACGUCCAGCUCACCAACUGGGGCGCCGUGGUACAGGCUGUGGUGGUGGACCCCGUGAUCGGGGUGGGUCAGAGUACCACGCCCACCCUGCAUGGUGUGAGCGAUCCGCGCAAGGAUGGUGCACCGUCAGGCUGGUGA